AUGUCAACCAUGUUCGAGCCUCCACUUUCCACCAGCACCAUGCGCCCUCCCCUUGCGUCUGCGGAUGCACCUUCAAUGGCAGACUCUCUGCCAAGUAUCAAUUUCGGUUUCGAUGAAUUGCGCGACAGGAUGGCUAGAUUUACUGCCAAAUUCGACACCUUCAUCGAACAGGGUCGCAAGCGUGUCCUGGAGGAGAGAAACCAAUUUCGCAUGAAUGUCACGGAGCUCAAAGAGGACCAGCGCAUGAAGAAGCGCGACAUCGAGAUCCUUUCCCAGAAGUCCAGCACCCACCAGCAGACACUCGCAAAAGAGGAGGCCGAGAAAAAUGAGAUGAGGACUGCGAUUGCCUCGCUCAGCGCGCAACGAGAUGCGCACCUUGCGACCCGAGAAAGCCUGAAGCAGCAGAUUGCCGAUACUCAGAAGCAGAUAGAUGCACGUCUUGCGGCACAGAGAGCUCAUGCACAGCAUGUCGAUUCUCAAGCGCGGCACAAUAUCCCAGAAAUGGACUUCUGGACUUCGAACCUGUGUAUGACUCUAGAUGGGGCCGGUCUGAACGACCGAUUGAAGUUUAUCUUUACACAUAUCGAUGACCGGGACUGGACAAGAGAGGCGUGGUUUGAGUUGGAUACUGGGAAGAGGGAAUAUGAGAUUCCGUAUUGCAAGCCUAAGCUGGAGAAGGAGCAACUCGAGCGCGUUUUGGACAAGCUGAAUGAGAGCCGGGAUCUGAGAGUCUUAUUGAAGGGUAUGAGGGAGCUUUUUGUCGAGGCAGUCAAGGGAUAA